UUUUUGGACACGGCCUGAUCGGUCCAUGGACUGUAAAGUUUGAAUGUUUGGGUUUAUUGUGAGGUGUAAGUGCAUCGAUAGAUUGAACUAUUAUAGGACAACUAUUGCAAACAUACAGAGGAACAAAAAUGCUUUGCCAUAUAACGCGACCGGACUCGGUGGUGAUGGAGGUGGAUGUUGAUCAAAAGGCUAAUGGAGAGGACUGUUUACACAAGGUCUGUCGGAAACUGGGAAUAAUAGAGGUGGAUUACUUUGGGCUUCAGUUCUGUGGAAGCAAAGGGGAGAGUUUGUGGUUGAAUCUGAGGAACAGGAUCUCACAACAGAUGGAUAACCUGGCUCCCUGCAGACUGAAGCUCAGAGUCAAGUUCUUUGUGGAGCCCCAUCUGACCCUGCAAGAACAGACAAGACAUAUGUUCUUCCUGCACAUAAAGGAGGAGCUGGACAGUGGCAGCCUGCAGAUGGAAGCUGAGCAGGCCACGGAGCUGUGUGCCCUCCUAGCCCAGGCUGAGUACGGAGACUACAACCAGAACACAGCCAAGUACUGCUCCAGCCAGAUCUUCAGACAGGAGCCUGACCUGGCAACCAUCAACAGCAUCCAGGAGAAGCACCGUGAGCUAGAGGGUCUGAGCCAGGCGUCAGCAGAGUACCAGGCCCUACAACUGGUGUCCUCCCUGGAGAACUACGGGGUGGAGUGGCACUGGGCCAGGGACUCAGAGGGACAGAGGCUGGCUAUAGGGGUCGGCCCUGAAGGGGUAUCCAUCUGUCAGGAGGACUUCAGCCCCAUCAACAGGAUCAUUUAUCCCAUCAUCCAGAUGGCCACCCAGUCAGGGAAGAAUGUGUGCAUGACCAUCACUAAGGACAGUGGUGAGGAUGUGGUCCUGCUGUUUAAGAUGACAAGCACCAGAGCUGCCAGCGGCCUGUACCGGGCCAUCACAGAGACCCACGCCUUCUACAGGUCAGCAACCACCAACCAUGUAGCAUGGCUUACACACCAACAACAUGCCUUCUACAGGUCAGCAACCACCAACCAUGUAGCAUGGCUUACACACCAACAACAUGCCUUCUACAGGUGUGACACGGUGACGAAUGACGUGAUGAUGCAGUACAGCCGUGACUUCAAGGGUCACCUGGCGUCUCUCUUCCUCAACGAGAACAUCGACCUGGGCAAAAAGUAUGUCUUCGACAUCCGACGCACCUCCAAGGAGGUCUACGACCACUGUCGCAGGGCGCUCUACAACGCCGGCAUGGGAGGGGACUGUGUGUCCGGCGAGCGGAGCCCGUCGCGGUCCCCUGGGGUGGGGGAAGGAGGCUGUGAGGAGUGCCAGAGGAGCCGGGUUCUGGAGGAGAAGCUGCAGCAGCUCCAGGAUGCUCUGCUGUGUAUGCUGUGCUGUGAAGAGGAGAUGGACGCUGCCUUCUGCCCCUGUGGACACAUGGUGUGCUGCCACAACUGUGCCGUCCAGCUAGAGGUGUGCCCGGUGUGUCGGUCAGAGGUGGACCAUGUCCAGCACAUCUACCUGCCCACCUGUGCCAACCUGCUGUCCCUGGCAGUGAGCAGUGCUGCCCCCUUCAAUAUUCCCAGAGACCUGGCCACUCAACUCUGUUCCUCUAGAGAGUUCUACACCAGCACAGACAAGAUCUGUCACACAUAGAUUUACUACCAGUUAGGGUGGGAAAAUUUGGCUUAUCAUUCCCAGGUUUUUCUCAAUGUUUUGGAUUUCCUGUUUAUUCCCUCCUACUUCCUAUAUAUGACUGCAUACAGUAGUAUUACUGUAGUAGUAUACCAGUAGUAGUGCUGCAGUAGUUGUAUACCAGGGGUAGUGCUGUAGUAGUUGUAUACCAGGGAUAGUGCUGCAGUAGUUAUAUACCAGGGGUAGUGCUGUAGUAGUUGUAUACCAGGAGUAGUGCUGUAGUAGUAUACCAGUAGUAGUAUACCAGUAGCAGUGCUGCACUAGUUGUAUACCAGUAGUAGUGCUGCAGUAGUUGUAUACCAGGGGUAGUGCUGUAGUAGUAUACCAGUAGUUGUAUACCAGGGGUAGUGCUGCAGUAGGAAUAUACCAGGGGUAGUAUACCAGGGGUCGUAUACCAGGGUUCGUAUACCAGGGGUAGUAUACCAGGGGUAGUAUACCAGGGGUAGUAUACCAGUAGUACUGCAGUAGUUGUAUACCAGGGGUAGUGCUGUAGUAGUUGUAUACCAGGGGUAGUGCUGUAGUAGUAUACCAGUAGUAGUAUACCAGUAGUAGUGCUGUAGUAGUUGUAUACCAGGGGUAGUAUACCAGUAGUGUAGUAGUACUGCAGUAUUGGUGUAGUAGUAGUAGUAGUGUGCUACUGCAUGAGGUGCUAUAUGACUGCAUACAGUAGCAUUCUGAACAUGAAUUUCUCUGGCAACAGCUCUGGUGGACAUUCCUGCAGUCAGCAUGCCAAUUGCACGCUCCCUCAACUUGAGACAUCUAUGGCAUUGUGUUGUGUGACAACUGCACAUUUGAGAGCGAUCUUUUAUUGUCCCCAGCACAAGGUGCACCUGUGUAAUGAUUGUGCUGUUUAAUCAGCUUCUUGAUUAUCUUGACAUAGGGGAAAUGCUCACUAACAGGGAUGUUAACAAAUUUGUGCACAAUUUGAGAGAAAUAAGCUUUUUGUUCAAUAUAUGUAUACUUUACACUCCAUUGUACUUUGAUAUCUUUAUCUCUGCCAUAUACAAACGGUAUAUCAGCAAAAUGUGAUGUCUCUGACCAUAGUGUUGAAAUAGUCAUUACAUUAGACUAGAAGAGUGUACCAGACCAGUUAAAUAGUCUUUAUUUUAUUUUUUAUCAGGGCCCGUAGGGCUGUAAUGAAGUAGUGCACUCUAUAGGGAAUAGGGUGUCAGUUGGGAUGGAUGUUCCCACUGUCUUCCACAGAUGAGUUACUCAAUUAAUCUUCUGAUCUGCAGCGAGUUCAAAAAAUGUACCAGUCUACAGAAGUCACAUUAUUGCUUCUCAUACCACCCGGUAUCCCACUGCUGGCUUGCUCAGAAUCUAAGCAUGGUUUGUCCCUGGAUGCUGCUGGAAGUGGUGUUGGAGGGCCAGUAGGAGGCACCCUUUCCUCUGCUCUAAAAACAAAUAUCCCAAUGACCCAGGACAGUGUUUGGGGACAGUGCCCUGUGUAGCGUGUCGUCUUUCGGAUGGGACGUUAAACGGGUGUCCUGACUCUGAGGUCACUAAAGAUCCCAUGGCACUUAUCGUAAGAGUAGGGGUGUUAACCCUGGUGUCCUGGCUAAAUUCCCAAUCUGGCCCUCAUACCAUCAUGGCCACCUAAUCAUCCCCAGCUUACAAUUGGCUCAUUCAUCCCCCUCCUUUCCCCUGUAACUAUUCCCCAGGUCGUUGCUAUAAAUGAGAAAAUGUUCUCAGUCAACUUAACUGGUAAAAUAAGGGUUAAAUGAAAUGGAGAAGAAUUUUCUACCAAAGCGCUUCAUUUAAAAAAAUAGCUAUUUACACUAUAUACCUGAACAAUGGAUUUUAAUUUGUUGAUCAAAGAUUUCUUUAGUUAAGGUUCUGUAUUUAAAGCUAUGUUUUAAUGAGUUGAAAUUAAACCAAGCUUUCAUAUUUAUUUUCAAGUAUGAAUAAAAUAUUUUUUUUGUA